GCUGCUGGGUCACGUGACUUUGUGUAAGACGGGCUGCCGGCCUCGGGCAGGGCUGGGUUGGGCGGAGCGGGGCGCAGUGCAGAGGCGACAUGGCGGCGGCGGGUCCUGGCGGAGAGCGGGAGCCCCCGCCGCGCAAAGGAGCCACCUCCUCGGAUCAAAUCCUUCAGACAGGAGCAGUUCUUCUUAAGGGCUUUAUUAGGGACCGCGUGCAGGGCUGCGGAGAUGCUGAACGCAUUGAAGCGACGAUGGCGGGGCUCGGGGGCUUGGAGCCUCCAAAUUGCAACUCUAGCACCAAGCAACUGAGCGACUGUCUGCGCCGGAUCGGGGACGAGCUGGAUGGAAACAUGGAGCUACAGAGGAUGAUAGAACAAGUUCAGAAGUAUCCCCCCAAGGAUGUUUUCUUCCGAGUGGCCAGCGAAAUGUUCUCUGACAAGAACUUCAACUGGGGUCGUGUGGUGGCUUUGUUCUACUUUGCCUGCAAGUUGGUUCUAAAAGCAGUUUGCACUAAAUUACCAGAGCUCAUAAGGACUAUCAUCAGCUGGACAAUGGAAUACAUCCAGAUACAUCUCCUAACUUGGAUCCAAGCCCAAGGCGGAUGGGAAGGCCUCCUGUCCUAUUUCGGCACCCCCACCUGGCAGACCAUUGCUGUAUUUGCCGCUGGCGUUCUGACUGCCUCGCUGACCUUCUGGAAAAUGUCUUAAUCCUCACCCCCCUCCGGAGGGGGGGUCCAUUUUCAUUGUGGGAGCAAAGGAGGGGCAGGUUCCCCCUAUUUCCUCAUUGAGAAAGAAAAUGUGCUAGGAUUGCUUUUCAGUCACGGGCCGGGGAGCUUUUUAAAACCAACCAUCCAAUGCUGUCGCUUAUUAUCUUGGUGCCUUUAAAACAAAUGUGCACACUUUUCUUCUUCUUCUUCCAAGAACUGUGUACUGCUUGGCUUUGCUCUUGCCUCUCCGUGCCUCUUGGGGUUAGAGGUCAGAGGAUGUGAAGGUUGUCUAGGCUACGGAAGGAUAAGGUUGAACAAGAAGAAGGUUAUGAAUUGCUUGUUCCUGUUUGCUGGAAGAUCUUUUAACUGUAUACAAAUACAGCAGUGUUUGUUUUUUGGGGAAGAAGACUCCCUGCCAACAACUGCAGCUGCAUAUUUGUCCCGACUUUCUCAAGUGGGAUGAUUUCGAAUGGAUUUGUUCAAGCAAGUUUCCUUGCUCUUUUUCUUUUCCCCUCUCUUCCUUGGGAUAAAUCUCAAAAGCUAAAUUGAUUCAGGUGUCUGGAAACGCAGAUCCAGAAUUCCUCAGGAGACAAUCAGGUUCUCUCCCCACCAGAAGAGAUUUGUCUGAGCAGAUGAGAGCAAUUUGGAUUUCCGCUGGUGAAUCUUUUUUUCCCCUUUUGCUUUCUUUCUUUUU